AUGGGUAACCUUAGGGAAUUAAAAAUUAGUGAUAUGAAUGAGUAUCUUUCCAAUCCAGAUAUCAAUGUAGCAAAUCGUAAACUAUUUGAUAAGAUUAGUAUACCUGAGAUGGUUGUGCAACUGAGCCAAUGUGAUGAUUUCCCUGAAGAAUUUGAUUAUGAUCUGGAAAACACAACAGUUUUUGGAUUGUUACUCAAGACUCUUGAUAGGCUCAUAACUGAUUCCACACAUAUUAAUGAGAUAUUGGCCAAUGAACAGGCAAAAGAAAUAUUUCUUUUUGCAUGUAAAAAUGGGUACGACAGCGUUAGGGUACUUAUAGCCAAAAAGAUAAAGUAUGCUCUGGACUUUAGGGAUAUAAAUGAUGAAAUGCAUUCAAUUGCCUGGGAAAUGUUAUUUGAUCCCUACUUUUCAGUACAUAAUCACAUCUCAAAGAUGCUACUAAAACUUUUAUACGAAGGAAAUUCCAAAUUGUUUACCGAAAAAAAUGUGGAACGCUUAGUUAACUUCAUAAAAAUAGAAGCUAGGUUUAUGGUCAAUGAAUUCAAUGAUACAGAACAAAUUAUCAGUUACAAGCUCAGAAUUUUAGACUUUAUCGUCGAUUCUUCAAUUAUUUCAUCGGAUGUUUACAACAUUUUUAAAGAAUCAGACAUAUUCGGCGAUAUUUUCAAGUUUUAUAAAUGUGAUGAUGUGCUUUUAAUGUUAAAUUCACUUCAGAUUGCUGAAAAAUAUAUUAUGUCUAAAUUAGAUAUUAAAUUUCUAAACAUAUCAUUAUCUAAUGAUUGUGAAACGAUCAAACUGCUAUUUGAUGACUUAAAGGCCCGCGCUAAUGAAUAUUUAAGCAAUGGGAUUAGUGAUAUAAUUCUAUCACCUUUACUAGAAAUUAUCACUACGAUAAUUGAAAUGUAUCGUUCUAUCAAUAUAUUAAUGAUUGACAACUGUUACAUACUAAGACUUCUUAGUGCCAUACUCGCUGAAACAGAUUGUGACUCCCGUAAUACGGUAGCAUUUGCGGCAAUUCACUCAUUCUAUUCCUUAUACCAUGUGCCAGAGUUUACAGAGAUACUGGAUAAGUUCACGGAUAUCCCCACAGGGAUGAUCAAGAGACUUACUAGUGCCAAUGAACAGGUACAAUAUGAAACAAUAUGCACAUUUAUAAAAUUAGCCGAAAGUACUAUUGAUAAUGCCGAAAUCUUUGAAAAAAUGUUCCUGAAGAAUGUAGGGCCAUUUGUACUAACCAACUUUAACUCAUUCCCCCUUGAAGAUUGUAGGACGAGGAUAUAUAAUUUACUGGAGCUCAUGGUGGCCCCGCAAUUUAGCUCCUUUAAGACUUUUUACGGGCAAAUCAUCGAAUUCUUCAGAAAAUUGGAGUUUAAAUUGCAAGAUGUAAGUUAUGCUGCUACACGAGCUAAAGAAAAUUUUCUACAAAAAGUCAUUAAAACUAACACACAUAAUGCUCUGGAUAUGAAAUUUGACCAGAAGGAGAUUGAUAUGUUAUACCAAAUAAUAGCCCAAAUCUAA